CUCUCUUUCUGGGUCCUCCGGAGCCCCUCCGCUCACUGCCAGGAGGGCGAGGGGACGAAGCAUGGAGUGGAGUUACCUGUUGGAAGUGACCUCCGUGCUGGCCGCCUUGACGCUGUUGCAGCGCUCCAGCGGCGCUGCGGCCGCCUCGGCCAAGGAGCUGGCUUGCCAAGAGAUCACGGUGCCGCUGUGCAAGGGCAUCGGCUACAACUACACCUACAUGCCCAACCAGUUCAACCACGACACGCAGGACGAGGCGGGUCUGGAAGUGCACCAGUUCUGGCCGCUGGUGGAAAUCCAGUGCUCGCCCGACCUCAAGUUCUUCCUGUGCAGCAUGUACACGCCCAUCUGCCUGGAGGACUACAAGAAGCCGCUGCCUCCCUGCCGCUCCGUGUGCGAGCGCGCCAAGGCCGGCUGCGCACCCCUCAUGCGCCAGUAUGGCUUCGCCUGGCCGGACCGCAUGCGCUGCGACCGGCUGCCCGCACAGGGGAACCCGGACACGCUGUGCAUGGACUACAACCACACCGACCUCACCACAGCUGCGCCCAGCCCGCCGCGCCGCCUGCCGCCGCCGCCGCCUCCCGGGGAACGGCCGCCCUCCGGCAGCGGCCACGGCCGCCCGUCCGGGGCCAGGCCCGCGUCCCGAGGAAAGGGCGGGGGCGUCGGGGACGCGGCGUCUCCCCCCACUCGCGUCGGCGGGAAGGCGCGGCCCCCUGGCGGCGGCGCGGCGCCCUGCGAGCCGGGCUGCCAGUGCCGAGCCCCGAUGGUGAGUGUGGCCAGCGAGAGGCACCCGCUGUACAACCGCGUCAAGACCGGCCAGAUCGCCAACUGCGCGCUGCCCUGCCACAACCCCUUCUUCAGCCAGGACGAACGAGCUUUCACCGUCUUCUGGAUCGGCCUGUGGUCUGUGCUCUGCUUUGUGUCCACCUUCGCCACCGUGUCCACCUUCCUCAUCGACAUGGAACGCUUCAAGUACCCGGAGCGGCCCAUCAUCUUCCUCUCGGCCUGCUACCUCUUCGUGUCCGUGGGCUACCUGGUACGCCUGGUGGCGGGGCACGAGAAGGUGGCGUGCAGCGGCGGCGCGCCGGGCGCGGGCGGCGCGGGCGGUGCGGGGGGCGCGGCUGCUGCGGGCGCGGGCGCGGGCGCGGCCGGGACGGGCGCGGGCAGCCCAGGCGGGCGCGGGGAGUACGAGGAGCUGGGCACGGUGGAGCAGCACGUGCGCUACGAGACCACGGGCCCGGCCCUGUGCACCGUGGUCUUCCUGCUGGUCUACUUCUUCGGCAUGGCCAGCUCCAUCUGGUGGGUGAUUCUGUCGCUCACGUGGUUCCUGGCAGCGGGCAUGAAGUGGGGCAACGAGGCCAUCGCCGGCUACUCGCAGUACUUCCACCUGGCCGCGUGGCUCGUGCCCAGCGUGAAGUCGAUCGCCGUGCUGGCGCUCAGCUCCGUGGACGGCGACCCGGUGGCGGGCAUCUGCUACGUGGGCAACCAGAGCCUCGACAACCUGCGCGGCUUCGUGCUGGCGCCGCUCGUCAUCUACCUUUUCAUCGGCACCAUGUUCCUGCUGGCCGGCUUCGUGUCGCUCUUCCGCAUCCGCUCGGUCAUAAAGCAGCAGGGCGGCCCCACCAAGACGCACAAGCUGGAGAAGCUCAUGAUUCGCCUGGGCCUCUUCACUGUGCUCUACACGGUGCCCGCCGCCAUAGUGGUCGCUUGCCUCUUUUACGAGCAGCACAACCGCCCGCGCUGGGAGGCCACGCACAACUGCCCGUGCCUGCGGGACCUGCAGCCGGACCAGGCACGCAGGCCUGACUAUGCGGUGUUCAUGCUCAAGUACUUCAUGUGCCUGGUCGUGGGCAUCACCUCAGGUGUGUGGGUCUGGUCAGGCAAGACGCUUGAGUCCUGGCGGGCCCUGUGCACCCGCUGCUGCUGGGCCAGCAAGGGUGCCGCGGUGGGCGGGGGUGCGGGCGUGAGAGACACCAGCGGGCCAGGCGGGGGCGGGGGGGGGGGCGGGGGAGCGGGCUCGCUCUACAGUGACGUCAGCACAGGCCUGACGUGGCGAUCUGGCACCGCCAGCUCACUGUCUUACCCAAAGCAGAUGCCAUUGUCCCAAGUCUGAGCAGAGGCCAAGUGCUGCGAAGGGACACUCCAGGGGCUGAGGUUCCCACCCCUUCGCCGUUAUUUUGACUGCUAUUAGCAUGAUCAUGAACUCUUAAUGGUAUCCAUUAGCUGAGACUUAAAUGACUGGCUUAGAACAAAGUACCUGGCAUUGAGGACUCCCAGACCCAGCCUCCUUUCCUCCAUUGAUAUGCGAGGAGCUCCUCUAGGGAGGUGGGAGACAUUCAUCUCUGUUGGCAGAGAAGGGUGGACUCUGCAGCGUUCCCAGAACCCACGGCUUGGAGCCCUCCUUGGUUGCCAUUGGUGGAACUUGAAGCCAGAUCUACAGAUUUUACCCGAGGGACCUAUUUUUCUCCUAUGUAAACUCUUACUCCUGAUGCAUCCUAAAGGAGGGGUGAUCACGAUCUAACUGGAUUGCAUGGUUUGGGUAUUCUUAAUGACCAGGCAAAUGCCUUAAGUAAAUAAACAUGAAAUGUCUUAAUUAUACACCCCAAGUAAAUAUGGGUUUCCUACAUUAGAGGAUGUAUUUAUAUAAUUAUUUGUUAAGUGUAAAAAAAUGUAAAAUAUGUACAUAUCCAGAGAUAUACAGUCUGUACAUUUUUUGUAAAAAGUUUAGAGAUCAUUCCUGUAAAAACAAAUAUAAGUAUUCUAUUUUGUCAAUAAAAUGACUUUUGAUAAAUGA